AUGGCUGUAGUUAAAAAGAAAAGAAGUCAUCAUGCUAAAGGGAAUAAGCAAGCCCAUUUGCAACAACUGCAACAACAGAUGCAACAACAGAUGAAAGAUAGUGAAGCAAAUAGAUUGAAGCCUGAACAAGUAAAUUCAAUAGUUCAUGAUGAAAGUGAUACUAUAUCAUUUAGAGCUAAUUUAUUGAAAAAUUUCAUAUUAUCUGCUGAUUUUAUGAAUUCUUUGACAAAUCAACCAGUACCAUUAUCAAAGAUUAAACCUCCAAGAGUAUUUCAAUCAGGAAAUCCUAAUACAUUGAGAAAUAUUAUUACUACUUUUAAGGCAAAAGUGAAACAAGAACAAACCUUAUUAGAUGAAUUGAAAAAAACAUCAGCAGAAUUAGAAGCUCAAGAAGUAAAAUUAGAUUUAGCAAAAGAAUUAGAUAGCGAUACUACAGUGUAUGCAACAUUAGAACAAACAGAAGAUACUUUACGACAGUAUUGUGAUACCAAUGGGUUACGUUCUCAGGAUAGACGUAUUAUUAUGCAUGUUGAGAAAUUUCCAUCGCUAAAAAUAAAUCCGACUGAAGCACCAAAGGAUUAUUGGAAGACUACAUAUAAAGAAUUAGUUAAAGAGAGAGAGAUAAAAAUUAAAGAACAAAAACAGAGAGAAGAAGAAGAGAGAAAAGAAAAAGAAUUACUAAAGAAAAGAGAAGAAGAACAAAAACGUGCAGAAGAACAGAAGCGUAUUGAAGAACAGAGGUUACGUGAUUUGGAAUUACAACGGAUAGAAGAAACGCAGCAAAGAAAUUCAUUACAAUUCCCAACUGGGAUGAUAGAUACGAAAAUGGUUCCAGGUGUAGAUUCCUCAAUUACUGGCACUGCAGCACCUGUUGGAGUAGCGAUGGCAAAUAAUACAUUAACCAAUCCGGUAACAAUACGGCAAUCAACCGAUGGUAGAAAUGAUAAUAAUGGAUUACCUACAGAUAUUCAAUUACCAUCAUCAUCGGUAACAAUGGCAGCAACGGCCCCUGUAACUUCAGCAACUAUAGAAGCAGGGGUUGUUCCAAGUAGUAUCCCACAUGUAGCAGGUACAAUUAAUGAAACUAAUGAACUUUCUGUCGGAGUACAACAGAAUGGCGCAAACGGUCCCUCUAAUGAAAUGGCACAGACUACGGGAGCCCAACAGCAAUCUCAACAGCAACAACAACAGCAGCAACAACAACAGCCAACACAGCCACCACAAGAUAACUUGCUGGAGGAUAUGUUUACUGAAUAUAAUGCCAACGAAAAUGAACCAUUUAGUAAUGGUUUUGAUGACGAAUUUGGAGAUGGAUUUGAAAACUUGGAUAACGUUUUCUUUUAA